GAACAAUGCGACCUCGAUGAUUGACACCUGGGCGGACGAGCUGCAGAGCAACAACUUGGCGGACCCGUCGCAUACGGGUCUGAUGUAUAAUUUAUUCGCGGAUAGGUUGAUGAAGAGCGAACUGGUGCCGGAUGAUGCGUAUGCGACCCUGAAGUCGGCGUACACUGCCACUGGCGUGGAGGCCGCGUUCGGUAUCUCGUUCGAUGGAUCGUCGAGUGUGGCCCGUUCAGACUGGACUCUUCUCACUGCAGUUUCCUUCCCUGACAGCGACUCAGAUGUUCGCGAUGCGCUCAUCGAGCCUGUAUGGACUCGCGCGUCAAAUAAGACGCUGGCUGGUGCCUUCCCUGCAGCGUACGACGAUACGACGGGCGUGCAGGCGAGCGGUCAGGCGAGCCCUGCGCAGGGUGCGAUGUACGCGGCAUUGGCUCUUGGGAUGUCAACGACGACCAUCACCGUCCCUGCCUCCGCCUCCCCAACCUCAUCCACCACCAAGCACAAAUCCGUCGCUGGCCCCAUUGCAGGUAGUGUCGUCGGUGGCAUUGCCUUCAUCGCCAUCGUCGGCGGCGCCGUCUGGUUCUUCCUCCGCCGGCGUGCGGGCGGGAAGCCCGAGGGCAUGUACGACCUCACGGAGGGUCGCGGCGGCGCGACGCCGCAGGAGAUCAAACCAUUCUACGGCUACGAGGGCGCGAGCGCGUCAUAUGUCCCGGGGCAGCCGUAUACCGCGGGUCAAGCUCCUCAAGGCUUCCAACCUCAAGCCGGCCAGCCUGGCUUCGCUCAUGUCCCCGGCUACAGCCCUGCUGCGGUAGUGUAUCCGGGCGCGCAAUACUCGGGCGUGCAGCCGCAGCAGCCGGGUGCCCCGUACGCGCACCCGGAUUCGUCGCGGGGCAGCUGGGUCGCGGUGGAUGCGGCGCAAGGACAGCCACAACAGCAACCCGAGGCGCGCCCCUUCGUCAGCGCGAUGGAGGAGAAGCGGCGGCUGCGGGCGGCGAGCAAUGCGACGAGCGCGGUGUCGUCGGCGUAUGGCUCUGGCGCGGGGUACGGCGCGGGCGUGGGCGAGGUGCCGUUCAGUGGGGGCCCGCCGUCCUCGGUGAGCAAUGGGGCGAGCUCGAGUAGUGGGGGGCAGAGCUCGGGUAUGGGAGGCCCGCUGUCGCCGACGAAUAUGGCCUCGCCAACGUCUGCGAUGUCGCCGACUUCGCCUCAAUCAGGCGCGGUCCCUCACUCAAGUGCGACGCUUCCUUACGACGGCGCUACACAUACGGACCACGUCGACGACGCGUAUGAGGCCCCGCCGCCGGAGUACCGGCAUGCGGCAUAGUGACGAGGGUGCAGCGGUUGGGGCCCGUUGGGUCAGAGCCGGCGAGGAGUUGGAAUCAAUGGGGAGUGUUUGGCGAGUGACUGAUUCAGUGAAUGCGACUACGGCUUCGACGACGGGCGUCGAGAGGUUUACGAGACUCGCUGAGGUGGGGUGCGGACUGCAUUGAGUAUCCCGGCGUGGUGAACUCGACGGACAAUACCGCGGCCACCCCAGUUCAGCGCAUAGAGCUCACGGACACUGCUUCAGUGCUCUUGCCUCGCUUGUCGCACAUCGACCAUGCACUAUCUCGACCGAUUGCGCAUCAACCUUUAUUCUCGCUCGCCGCACCCGCUCAUGUAUCUGCAUGUUUUUCACGCUAAUUAUUCGGGCUCUUGGUCACAGUACUACAAGGGUGUAUUUACAUGGCAUGUAACUUAUGUCGAUGGGGCAAUCAAUUGUCCUUCUCUA